AGAGAACCUCCUCCUGCUUGUCACAUUUGGGUUUGAUACCCUUGCUUCGGUUGACGAAUAGGAUGCUUCUGAGAGAAAUGGUGUUGAGGCGUGUUUUUGCAACCGUCUGCGUGGGGGGCCUUCUGCUCCUGAGCCUGAGUCUUCAUUUCGAGAUGGACUCGACGACCUCGAUUGAACCUUACGCGACUGCCCCUUCCCUAAAUAUGGCUGGGCCGGCAGCUUUUCCGGCAUCCUCAGACUCUCCCGACUGUGUCGACCCCGAACGUGAUAGGGAUGCCCUUAGGGCAAGAAACUGGUGGCUGAAUGGCGAUAAAUUCGAUGUGGAAUCCCAAUCGCUAUGGGAUUUUGGAGUAAACGACUUCUCUGUCUCUCAAACAAAGGAGUGCCUUGACCAACAAUGUCGCGCGACCCAUCAACGGUGGUUAGCGGUCCAUUGCGGGGGUCAAGAACAGCAGUCUCUGUUCCAGAGUAUAGAGGGGGAAUCCGAAGUGGAAAAAGACCUUCGGGGAAAAAAGUUGAUCGCUGCCCAAUCUCGUUCCAAGUUCUCCUGAAAGAAUAAAUAUCGGCGCGGCAGCGAUG